CUGCUGAUAAACUAAUAAAAAUAUGGGGAUCAUAUGAUGGCAAGUUUGAAAAAACAAUAGCUGGUCACAAGUUAGGCAUAUCUGAUGUAGCAUGGUCCAGUGAUAGCAGACUCCUGGUUUCAGCAUCUGAUGACAAAACAUUAAAGAUCUGGGAAUUAAGCUCGGGAAAAUGUUUAAAAACUCUUAAAGGACACAGCAAUUAUGUAUUUUGCUGUAACUUCAAUCCACAAUCAAAUUUAAUUGUAUCAGGAUCGUUUGAUGAAAGCGUACGAAUAUGGGACGUGAGAACUGGGAAGUGUUUGAAAACAUUACCAGCUCACUCGGACCCCGUGAGUGCUGUCCAUUUUAAUAGAGACGGCUCCUUAAUAGUGUCAAGUAGUUAUGAUGGACUAUGCAGAAUUUGGGAUACGGCAUCUGGACAAUGCUUGAAAACUUUGAUUGACGAUGACAACCCCCCUGUCUCAUUUGUUAAAUUUUCUCCAAAUGGAAAAUAUAUUUUAGCGGCUACUUUAGAUAAUACAUUGAAAUUAUGGGACUACAGCAAAGGAAAGUGCUUGAAAACAUAUACAGGUCACAAGAAUGAGAAAUACUGCAUUUUUGCUAAUUUCUCAGUCACAGGUGGAAAGUGGAUUGUAUCUGGUUCAGAAGAUAAUAUGGUAUACAUUUGGAAUUUGCAAACUAAAGAAAUUGUCCAGAAAUUACAGGGUCACACAG